CCUGAAAGUUAUCGUUUUUCUUAAAUUAAUUAGAUUUUAUACUAAACGGAAUUCUAAUUUAUAAAAGAUGUUGCGAAUCCAGCAAAAAUGCGAGAGAUAUUUGACUAUCUGCAGGUGAAGCAACGUUUUGUACUUUGUUACUUUAGUUUGUUGGCCAUUAUUAAUGCUUAUACAAUACGCCACUGUUUGGACUUUUCACUUAAUCGCAUUAUGCGGGAGUCCAAGAGGCUAUCCAAAGCUAAACCCACAAAAAUGUCAUUAAAAGGGAAACCAAUAUCAAGGAGCAGUCGGAAUACGGUAGUAACUUUUCCCCAGCAAACGAGACAAAAAGCCGGAAGAGAUGUGGUAAAGAUUACCAAGCGGCAGAUGAAGGAAAAGCUGCUCCAAACUUCUGUAAUAACAACUUCAAAUAGCUCCGAUGUGUGGACAAAGCAGGUGCAGAUUCUGGUCACCGUAUCCUUCUAUGCUGGCUACAUGAUCACUCAUAUCCCGGGAGGACGUCUGGCGGAACGUUACGGCGGCAAGUGGAUCCUGGGUGCUUCUAUAUUGCUUUCGGCCAUACUCACCCUACUGACACCCACAAUUGUUCGUAAUGGAGGCCCGGGAGCUUUGAUGCUCCUCCGACUUCUCAUCGGCUUCUGCGAAGGACCCACAUUCCCCGCCGUCAGCGCCUUGUUGGCCCAAUGGGUGCCCGAGAACGAGCGUGGUCUGCUCUGCAGUUGUGUGUUGAGCGGUGGCGAGAUUGGCAUCACAUUUGUACAUCUAGUUAAUGGAAUGGGUCUCAAGGACGAGGAUUGGGCUGUGGCAUUCUAUGUGGUUGGCAGUGGCGCACUGCUCUGGUUUGUGGGUUUUAUCUUGGUCUGCUACAGCAAACCGGAUGCGUCGCCGUAUAUACAAAAUUCAGAACGGGAUUACAUCAGGAGACAGGUGAGCGCAACUCUGUUGACGACAGUGGAAGCUGAUGAGGUUGUCAAUGAAGCAACUCCUUGGAGCAAUAUGCUAAUGAAUGCUCCGAUCUGGGCACUGAUUGCGGCGAACAUGCAACACGACUGGGAUCAACAAGAGAUGGCGCAGGAGCUGGAGAAGUUACUGCAAGAUCUGCAGACCAAGGGCAGCACAUUAUGGAAGGGACUGGAGUCGAGUCUGAGGGUAACAGCGCCGCAUCUGUACAGUUGGUUGGCUUCCCUCACGUCCGGCACACUCUGUGAUUAUCUCAUUGCCCACGGAAUCUUGAGUCGCACUCAGACGCGUCGUCUGAUGUCCUGGCUGAUCUUUGUGAGCAUCUCCAUGUACUUGGUCCAUGAAAAGGAGGAUGGAGCGCGUGCUUGGAGCGUGCUGGCAUUUGGCGCUUACUAUGCGGGAAUUAAAGUCCUGCCCUUGGACAUGAGUCCCAAUUUCGCUGGCACACUGAUGGGCAUCUCCAAUGGAUUGGGUUCGUUGCCCGGUCUGCUGUUGCCCCUGCUGCAGCAACUGGAAUCGGAGUAUGCCAUUGUGGGCAGCAUACGUGCCGCCUUAUGGUUGAUUUGUGCCGGAUACAUUUCCGGAGAUGUGCAGUCCUACAAUCGAAUGCCAAUGCGGCAAGCCGAAGGUUAAUUACAAAUGUUUAUAUUGU